AUGUCGUACACAUACAGAGAGCGCGAACGAGACUGGGACGAGAUCCGUCCUGUGUCAAUCAAGCGUUACGUCAUUUCUCCCGAAGACGAUCGUCGAGACUUCAUGUCGAGACACGAUGACUCUUUUGACAGCGAGCGCGAGUUGGUAAUUCGGCGCAAAUCGGACCGUGAAGAACCGGUGACCGUCUCGCGCUACGAGCGAGAGGUUGAGUAUGAGCCACCCACACGUUACGAGAGAGAUUAUUACGAUCGUGAGUACCUACAUCCCUACACCAAUCAUCCACACUCCCGGUCCACGGAUUCCCUGGAACGAAUAGAGCAGUCCCCUACUGCUACUGCUAUUGCCACCCGAAAAAAAUCCGUGCUUAUUCGUGAAGCUCGCACUUCUUAUACCAGUCCUCGUGAAUCCGAGUAUGAUGUCGUGCGCCGCUCCGAGGUCGACGAGGACCCGUAUUACUACCACCGUCACCACCGAGUCCGCGAGUACGAUGAACAUCGCUCCCGGCGUGAGCUGAGUCCUGAUGAUUCCGUUUCCCAGACUAGUCGCCGCCGCCGCAGUGAUCGUGAUCAGGAUUACAGCAGCGAUGACAGCAUGGUCUACAUCCGAAAGGAAACCCGCGACUAUGACGAUCAUUCUCACCACCGUCGUCAUAUGGCAGAGGGUGCGUUGGUAGGUGCUGGUGCGGCUGAAUUGCUCCGCAGCCACAGCAAAAAAGAUGGCGAAGUCAGCCAUGGCGCCAGCCGUAUCGGUAAGACUAUCGGUGCCGGAGCUCUUGGUGCAGUCGCUGUAAAUGCUGCAUCGCAUGCUCGUGACUACUACCGCCGGAGUAAGAGCCGCCACCGUUCUCAUUCCUUUGAAGAUGAUCGUUCUUCCCAUCGCCACAGCAGACAUGGCCGGAGUCGUCACAGUCGCAGCCGCAGCCGCUCCCACUCGCACUCCCGUGUAAAGACUCUAAUCGAGCUAGGAGUUGGCGCUGCCGCCGUGGCUGCCGGUGUGGCUGCAUUGCAUAGCAAGUCGAAAGCCGAAGAGCGCAAAGACCGGUCUCGCUCUCGCACUCGCACUCGCUCCCGUUCUCGCGCAUUUAGCCGGGGCCGCUCGGAGAAGGAUGGAGAUCAUGGUGAACGCAGCAUGUCUGAGCGUCACAAGCACAUGGCUGGUGCUGGAUUAGCCGGUGCGGCUGUGGCUGGCCUGGUUGAAAAGGCCCGCAGCCACUCGCGCCCUCGAAAGGGUGAGCGCUCCCGCUCCCACAGUCGUCUGAGACAAGCUCUUCCCAUUGUGAGUGCCGGUCUUGCCACUGCUGCUGCCACCGGUCUCUAUGAGAAGAAAAAGAGUGACAAAGAGGAAAAGGAGGGCUCGAGCCGGGGCCGUCAUCGCUCAAGGUCUCGCAGCCGCGCCCCAUCACAGUCUUAUUCCAAUCCAACUCGCGACUCGGCCGGCCUGAUCGAAUACGGCAACGACCCAGUCGCAGGUAGCAUCCCAUCUGAGCACUACUACGGUCGACCCGGCGCACCCUCCUACGAUGCGCAGGAAGCCUACAGUUCCAGACGUCAUACACGCAGCCGCAGCCGCAGCCGAGCCCGCUACAGCAGGUCAUCCAGUUCUGACCGUGAAGGUCGCCGACGAAGCAAGAAGCACCGCAGCCGCUCACGAGACCUUGCGGGCGCCGCCCUGGGCGCAACAGGGCUCGGCUAUGCAGCACACAAAUAUAACGAGCGUCGCAAGUCCAAAGAGCGCGAACGCGAGCACUCCAAGCAUGACGACAACGUCCACCGUGAUCCGUAUGAAGAAUCCUAUGACCCGGAACCAUACCCGCUUUCCCCGCAGACAGCCCCGGGUGCCCCACCCAUGGCCGACACCCACUACUACCCCAACAGCAACUAUUUCCCCCCGCCCCCAGGUGACUCUACAUAUAACCUGAACGGCGGUACCCCUGUUUCCUACAAUCCAGCAGACUACCCCCCUCCACCCGGCGCUGCGCCUCCCCAGCCUUACGCCUAUGGCGCUGCGCCACCAGGACCAGGACCAAGACCCGAGCAGCACGCACCUCGGCCGCGUAGGGCUGAUGACAAUGUGAGCAGCUCCACCCUCCCUACUGAUGUAAACUACGCGCACAAGGUGAUUCUACUGUUGAAACGUCCUCAUCUUCACAUCACGGAAGUAGACACCGCCGUCACGAUCGAGAUCGUGAUAGCCAUCAUCAUCGUCAUCAUCAUCAUCAUCAUCGCUGCCGUUCCUCUUCCGUCCCCUACCCGCCUAUGCCUUAUCCUAGCUCUGUUUCCUCAAAUCACCAGGAUUCCCGCCAUGCUUCCAAUCACCAUCGACGUCACCCAUCAGCCCCGAAACCCCGCGAGGGAAGAGACCAGAACAAAGUCCCCGAGGCAGAGUCUGACUCAACUAUCGACCUACCCAACCGCUUUGACGGGCAUGGCCAUCUUCUUCUUGACAGGGACCCUGCCGUGGAUAAAAUUGGGGAUCUGGUGA